ACCAUUUUGCACUCUCGCUUGUACUGAUAUUGGUGCGGUUCUUGCAGGGCAAUUUGCUGAUCCCUCGGUCAUCGGGUCGGAGGCGGAGGCGAUAAACAGACUCAUUGCAGCAGACCCCGCCCUGAAGAAAGCAGCAGUCCUAUUUACCAUGACGAAUCUCAAUCGCCACCAAUUGUCUCCGGUCUCUAACCCCAAGUUCCUAUGGUCAAUCACCGGGUCUAAGAAGGUUGUGGCUACACCGGCUGGGCCAUCACUGCACGAAGAUGAGGCUGAGGUGGAGAUGGAGGAUGCCCCCCUGUCCCCCAGGGGACAUCCUCCUCAUGACUCCCAUGACCAGGACACGGCCUUUCACCCUCUAGGCCCGCAGGCCGCGGCAGGAUGCUACGCCUCUCCUGGUUGCGGUGGCGGCGAUGCCUUCCCUCCAAUUCAUCAUGAUCUCGGCAUACCGGCUGCUGAUUUCGUCGGGCUCGCGGAGCCCCCUGCCGAUGCACCAGAGUCUCAAUUUUUCUCUUCUGCUGCACCUCCUCCUGCCUCGGCGAGUGGGUCGUCUGUCCCAGUCCAACCAGAUGCUCCUAGCGUGGGGGCAGAGGCUUGGGUGACCAGGAUGGCCUCAGUUUAUGGGCAGCGUUUCGUUCCAAUAGCUGAGAGUCUCCCUGUCUCCGACUGGAGGGGCCUAGGGAACGUGACUCAAUCAGACCUCGGGGAGAUGCUAAGGCGUGCUUCGGCCUGGGUCUAUAUCGUGUCUCUUCGACAUGCUGACUCAACUGGCAUCCUUUCCGCAUCUACCACUGAGAGGGACGGCCUCAUAGUCCAGGUCCAGGAGCUCGAAAAUGAGCUUAGCGCAACCAAGGUCCAAUUGUCAAAAGCCCGGACUAAGUACACCAAGUCGGACUCGAAGAAUGAGCAGCUGAAAGCUAAGAUCAAGGUGCUGAAGGGCAAGGCUAAAUGUUUGGAGCGCGAGCUCAAGGAGGCCAAGAUCGCUGCAUCCGGGUCGCAUGAGAUGGUUGUUCGACAGGGGACUGAAGUUGAGGCCCUUAGGACUGAACUACAGUCGGCUCAGGAGAAAGUCGCUUCCUUGGAGGCGGAGAAGGCUGUAAUCGAGCGCAAGUCUAUAGACCGGGCUCUUUACAAUGUGUGGAAGCAGGAUCCCAACUUCGACUUCUCCUCUUUUGGCGAGCAAGCUGUUGCCCGAGCGGCCUGGUGGAGUGCCCACUACAGGAGGCCUUGAACUAGUUUUGCUCCUUUUUUUUUUUUUUUUUGUAACGUCAUUACUAGUGCUACUUUUCUGUUAGUAACCCUUGUAUUGUCUUGAGAACUCCUUUCUUUUUUAUGUAUGAAUACAUGUGAUGUUGUUGUUUAUUUCUUGUUCUACUGCAUUUGAGGCCCUUUUAUGCCUGUAUGACGCGGUUUGGUUGGUUCCCUUCUUUUAUUUGUCAGGCUGGAGGUCCUUUGGAUCCCAUGUGAGAGGGUUCACUGGGACCUCUUUUGGUGCCUCUUGGCGGUUUUUGUAAGGAUAUUUUGACCCCUUGGGUCUUAGCUAUCCU